AUGGCUGCCUGGCGUAAAAUGUCCGUUGGCGACAUCAAGGGCCUUCUACGUGUCGCCGACGAGAUCCAUCCCGAUCUACCAGAGGGCGAACACGUCUUUGCAGAGCGCGUGAAGCUCUUCCCGGACGGCUGCCUCGUCCUCAAGGAGGGUGACAAGAACGAGAUCUGCGGAUAUGCUAUUUCGCAUCCCAUCCGCCACCGCCAGCCGCCCGCCCUUGAUAGUCUACUCGGAGAGAUCGCCCCUGACGCAGAUCAGUAUUACAUCCACGACCUCGCCAUCCUGCCCAGGCUCCGCGGACAAAGCCUCGCGGCAGCGUGUAUCGGCAAGCUCCUUACUGUCGCCCAGCGCUAUCGAACGACUUGCUUGGUCUCCGUCUACGGUACCACAUCGUUCUGGGGCCGCUUCGGAUUCGAGCGCGAGACGGUUGAUGCGGUUUUGUCGGAGAAGCUGCGCGGGUACGGAGAGGAUGCCACUUAUCUCGAGCGUCAGAAUAGUCAAGUUUGA